AUGGCGGCUGAAAUUGCGAAGAAGCCGCGUAGCAAGAGCUUUCUGACUCGUAGAAGCAGCAAGAAACCUCCACAGGCGCAAGAGACUCAAGGACACCCGCGCAGCGCUACCCUCGACACGCAGGAACAGGAGCCCUAUGGAGGUCGCUCGCCUUUCGAGCUCAAGGUUGCCUCCAUAAUCCCGGAUCCUCUCAACGAGCUUCCCACAUGGUACCACCGAGAAGUCGAAACUGCGACGGCAUCAGCGAUCCAGUUUCGUGUCAGGUACCCCCUCCACAACCCCGUUGGCCCACGUUGGUACCGCAACCACCACCUCAUGCCGUCCAGGCGCGAUGGUCGACCACCUUCGGUUUUUUCCCCUUCGUUCCCGCCAAUGGCAUCAGCUCCUGAACGCGCCCAGGACCCUUCGCGAAUGGCGGGACCAAGCCGCACACCUUCGGGCUCGCCUCUACCCACACCCUCGUCGUCACAAGUGCGCAUACAAGAGCCUUUACUCAAGCCGCGCCAGCGAAACGCGUCGCAGGAGAACGGAGAGGCUUUGGAUGGGCAGGUGGACGAUUGGAGCAGGUACCCAGGCUCUCCUGAACCAGAGAGCCCCGUAAGCCCUUCGUCAUCUCAGAAUCAAUUCAAUCAUCGCCCUAGACGCGCGAGCAUGAACCACGGGCCGCGCCACAAGACUUUAGCUCCCUCUCCUUUGUCGCAAUCCACCUCGGCUGUCCACCUUCAUGCGAUAGACCCCAACCAGAUUCAUCUGCCACGCAAGUUGAGCAAGCGGCGCAAGCCGUUCAAUGGUUUGUUUAAUGGCUCUCCUGAGGACGAAAACCCUCAUACCAAGGACUUGCGCCGUCAAUCGAUGCUUGCGCCGUCGAUGACGUCGCUCCCUUCUCUUCAACCUCCGUCACUGAAGAUUAAGCGAGGCAGCGUGCUCGGGCGUCUCGUCAAGCGAUUCAGCGUCCUUCGCAAGCCGGAAAAGCACAACAGCACUGGUACUGGCUGGACUCACACCUCCGGGCUGGAAUCCAAUAUGCCCAGUCCGAGCGUUUCCUCACCGGAACCUCGAUCCUCUUCACGCCUUUCCACGAGAUCAUCGGAGCCAAUGAAGCGCGUCCCACCGCCAGCCGUAGAGGAUGACCACCAGAGGACUCCCAGUCUAGACAGGCAACAUUCCUCGGACUCGUUCUCGGUGCUUGAAAUGGCCACGCCUGGUAGACUCACUAUCGCCAAUCCUGACACGCCAAGUUUAGGCGACAUCACACCUAUGAACGAUCCGGCACCGCUACCGAUAUCCCAUAGCCCCCAGCCAUCGGGAGAUGAUUUGCCUUUACCCUCCAUCCCGCGCACCGACUCUCCUUUGUCUCUGGACGACAGCCCUACCCGCCGCUCUGUACUCCUGAAUGGCUCACCACACCUUGAUAUGGAACCUCCCCGUCCUCCAUCUUCACCUCCGCUCCCGGAUCUUCCCCCUCCUACUCCCGCUCACGCUCUCCAGAGUUUAGUCGACCACCGACAGUCCACGUACGAUGUCGAGCCCUCUCCUGCUCCAUCGACCGUUGGUGUGUCGACCCUGGCGCCCACUGGCCCGCGGCCAGACUCUGUUCGUCUCUCCACUGCCUCCGCCACCUCCACUGCGACACCUCUUCAGCGAUACCAGCUCCAUGACGACACUGUUCUCACCCGUGCGUCCGUACUCGUUGAGCCCCCCACUCCUUACAAAGCUCCCUCCAACGCUCUCCCUCCGACAAUCGUCGAAACGGAAGAGCCGCAUGUGCCCUCAAAGCGAUCCGAACGUUCCCCGACUAAGUCGAAGGACUCUUCGCGGACUAAGUCGACGAGGAAGACCGAGACUUUUAAGCUCGUCCGAAGCCCCUCGACCGCUCUCGAACAGAACGGCGAGGUUCUCGUUGGGAUGGGUGAACAGUGGGAAAGGGAGAGGGCGAAGGAGAAGGCAAGAGAACGCGAGCGGCAGAAGGAGAGAGAGCGGGAAAGGGAGCGGGAAAGAGAACGCGAACGCGACCGGGAGAAGGAGCGCUCCAAGUCGAUCGACCGAGAGAAGCGAACGGCCCAUGACGACACCAAGCGGCGACGGGACCAGAGCAGCAGCACGGAGGAAGGCGAACCCCGUCAUCACCGCAGGCAGACUUCGACCAGCACCCGGGACACGCAGUCUAUCAAGGUAACGCAAACUCCUGUCUCUCGCCGCAGCGUCAAGAGGGCAAGCGAGCACGAUGACCACCGGUCGUCACGCACGAUCAGCGGCGUCGCUCCCUCGACUGCUCCCUCGACCACCACGCCUCCCUACGUGCGUGAGCGGCACUUGUCGGCGGCUGCGGCAACCCGGCCGAACUCUGAGCUGAACUCUGCUGCAGACUUCUCCUCCGUGAAGGCGAAAGAUGCCUGGGAGAUAGAGCGGUUGUGGAAGGCACGAAGCAUGGCGUACGGUCCAGACGGCAUGCCCAUCUUCUCGGCGCCCGCGACAAUUGGGAGCGACUCGCGACCGUCGACGCUGAUCGCCCCCGAGUUGCAACGCGUCAGCUCCAUCCCUAGUGUCGCUGCUCUUUCCGACGCACAUGCCUCACAAAAAGCCUCGGUCGGCCAACCUAACGGUUCGACCUACAUGUCGCAGUCGCCGUACUACCCAGGUCAAGGCCACAUGUCCUGGUCACCUCCGUCCCAGGGUUCAAUGAUGUCCCCAUCACAACUCUACAAGUUUUCCGCGUUUGCCACCCCUGUGCCCCUUUCAAACAACCCGCUUCCCAACCCUCCCCGCCUCACUGUCUAUCAGCAAUCUCCGCUCCCCAUGCAGCUCGUGAACCCCCUCCCAGAGCCACCACGCCUGUCUACUUACCAGCCGGCCCCGCUCCCACCGUCUCUAGUGGUCUCUGAAGAUACCGCACCUGCUUAUAGACGCAACUCACGGGCUUAA